AUGACGCGACUCGGGCUACUGGUAUCCUGCUUUAUCCUGACGGCUUCUGGCUACUAUUUGAGCAGCGGAACGGGCAAUGGACGAUACUUCGCGACGGCUCCGAUACAAACCUUCCCAGCCCCUCUACCAACAUAUCUCUCCUUCGGACCGACUCCGCAAUAUUACUACAGCCACCCUACCAUACCCCUAAAGCCUGUUGCAAGCUAUUAUGCAACUGCCGGAGAUACGGUAAACCCGCUACCACCUCUCCCGGAGCCGGUCUCAAUCCAUCAGCACCAAGAAGCAUCGCCUACGACAUUUACCAUGGCCGACCCUCGGAAUCCUACCGUAACCUUGACGCAACCAAUUCCAGAGGCGAUUAUGUUGAGGAAUGUUCAAAUGGAUGCCGAGCCUACGGUGGCUCAUGCUCAGACACAGAGGCCGUUGAGGAUCAACUUCAAAACGACGCAGCAUCCUCAAAAGGUGAAGGUGACGAAGAAGCCGUUGUUGCCAAGAGUCAUCCCUCACUUCUCCGUCGUGAAAAUCAACGUCUCCGGCCCCGGAAAGGUCCUCCAAACGGCUCCAAUUUGCAUAACUUGCAAAGGAAAA